GUCACCUGGUCCCUGCGAUUGGACAUUGAGCCCGGCGGACUUCGUGCCGAGUGGACGUAGGGGUUGGACACACUCUCGCGCGGCCGAUUGCCGUGAGCGCCACUCACGCGACGAGAUCUCACGCGGCACCGAAGUGGGAGCGCCACAUUCUCCACAACUCGCCUUUAGACAAGGUCACAGGUGUACACACACACACAUACACACGUGUACACAUACACGUGUACACACACACAGGUGUACACACACAUACACACAUACACGUGUGUGCAUACACACGUGUACAUACACAUAUACACGUGUACAUAGACACACAUACACACGUGUACACACAUACACACGUGUACAUACACACGUGUACAUACACACAUACACGUGUACAUACACACACACAGGUGUACACACAGGUGUGCAUAUACACACACAUACACACGUGUACACACACACAUAUACACACGUGUACAUACACACACACGCAGGUGUACACACACAUACACACGUGUGCAUACACACACAUACACAGGUGUACAUACACACAGGUGUGCAUAUACACACACAUACACACGUGUACACACACAGGUGUACACACACACACACGUACAUACACAGGUGUACACACACACACACAGGUGUGCAUAUAUACACACAUACACAGGUACAUAUACACAUAUACACACAUACACAGGUACAUAUAGUACGUGCACUGCACGGAAACGAUAGGGGAGCAUACACACAUUUACGCACAGGUGCAUACGCAGGAUUUUAUGCGUACACAGGCCCUCCUUAACAAUUCACACAUACCGCAUUACACACACACACAUCUGUUCUAUAUUUAGACACAGACACACACACGCACACAUCUGUUCACAGGGCAAAUGCUUUUACCAAGAACCUAACACCUACACACACGCAACACCUGCACAUAUACACACACACACACGCACAGGUACACACACGCACAGGUACACACACACACACGCACAGGUACACACACGCACAGGCACACACACACAGGUACACACACACACAGGUACAUACACACACGCACAGGUACACACACACACGCAGGUACAUAGACACAUACACACACACAGGUAGACACAUACACACACACAGGUACACACACACACAGGUACAUACACACAUACACAGGUACAUACACACGCACAGGUGCAUACACACACAGGUACAAACACACAGGUACACACACACAGGUACACACACACGCACAGGUAGACACACACUCGAACAGGUACAUACACACACGCACAGGUACACACACACGCACAGGUACACACACACACGCACAGGUACACACACACACAGGUGCACACACGCACAGGUACACACAUACACGCACAGGUACACACACACACGCACAAGUACACACACACAGGUGCACACACGCACAGGUACACACACACACGCGCACGUACACAACCUGCACGCACAGGUACACACACACACGCGCACGUACACAACCUGCACGCACAGGUGAGCUCAUCUUGGAUCCAUGGAGCACACCUGGUUCGUGAUACCUUUGGUCUGGGCUACACUCGCAGGACCCGUGGCAGGAGUCGUGGUCAUUCAGCCGCCCUUCAAUCCGAUCCAGACCGUGAACAGGGACGUUCUCUUCAACGUCAGUUACUCCGGGAAUGUGACCGACCCACAGAUCACGUGGACGUUCAAAAACAACAUCGCUCAAUGGAAAUCCGGCAACUUGAGCAAUAACGUCAUUCACAAAGCCUACAAAGGACGCGUUGAGCCGUACUCCAACGGCUCUCUGCUCCUCAGGAACGUGUUGCAGUCCGACACCGGCUCUUACACCGUCCGCAUCUUGGACUUCGUCUCGACGGACGGAGUGGCGGCCGUCCGGCUCGACGUUUACGGUAUUAAGGAAGCGAUCAACGUCAUUCCGGCGACCUCGAACGUGACCGGCGUGGUUGGCAGUGACGUCCUCUUCAGCAUCAACUACGUGGAGAACGAUGACGACCCGCAAAUCACGUGGACAUUCACGUCUCGCAUCGCGCAAUGGAAAUCGAGCAACACGAGCGCUGGCACGAUUCACAAUUCAUACCAUAACCGUGUCGCGCUGCACUCCAACGGCUCCCUGCUCCUCAAGAACAUCGCCUUGAGUGACAGCGGCUCUUAUGGGGUCGUCUUGGUGGACAACAAACAGCCGGAUGGCAGAGCCAGCGUCAAGCUGGACGUAUACGAGGCGAAUUCGCUGGCAUCCCACUGCUUGGUCAGCAAAAGUGAAGCAGUGAUUGUGGCUGUGGGGCUGCUGCUGCUGCUCUCCUAGCCACCCUGAGGUCCAAGAGGCAGGAGGAAGUCAUCGUCCAAAGCUCCACCACACCAUGUAUUACCGCACACCGCAAUAUAUACCCACACAUGCCCAAGAGCAUUGCCAUGCACCACAAGAGUGUACCACCGCAUACCACGAUUUACUACAAUAAAUUGCAGAGUGCCACUAUGUAACCACCCACCCAGAACCGGCCCUAGACCUUUGGGGGCCCUAAGCAAAAUUUGGUUGGAGGCUCCUUUGAUGUAUGAUUGUUUUCACCCACUAGCUCGCAGUGACUCUAGGGGGCCCUCUGCUGGCCACGGGGCCCUUUGCAAUUGCAAGGGUCGCUUAGUGGCUGGGCCAGCUCUGCACCCACCCCACCACCACCACCUCACUGCCCAUGGAUUCCCUUUACCACCGAGAAUGUGUACGUUUGUAUGUUGAACUUUCUUCCGUCAAGUUUGAAGGAGGCUUUCCGAGCCAUUCUCGAAAACAAGGUCUCCCGACUCGA